AUGCCUCUCACAAUACUCGGCGAUCACGAUGUGAACCGGAUAUUACACUCCUUCACCCGAGAAGACAUCCUUGAGCUCCAGCAAUCACUCGCGGAUGCACUGCACUGGUAUUCGACCAGCAACGAUGCCAACGAUUGCUGUUCAGACUUCCAGCCUGAGCGAACAGUCCUCAAACGCAAAGACGGCUCAACCACGCUGUUCAUGCCCGCGAGCGGGCUUAAUAGCCAAGGAAUCAAGGUGGUUAAUGUGGUUCCUCCGGAGAGCUCCACAGGCCUGCCUGCUCUCGCCGAGAAUCUUUCUUUGAGCUCCAGUAAAAGCUCAACAUCGAGUCCGCGAGAUUCCAUCUCGAUGACAAGUUCAGCGGGCACGGAUACCGCGAACGCCACCGCAGUCUCCACUAUUCGUGGCUCGUUGACGUUGAUGGACAACCAGGGCAACACGACCGGUCUGCUCAACGCAGCAGAAGUUACUGCUUUUCGCACAGCGCUCGCAUCCACAAUGCUCCUCAGGAAACGUCACUCCGUGCACGAUCUCACUGUCUUCGGUGCGGGAAAGCAAGCCUAUUGGCACAUACGCCUCGCAAUGCUGCUACGCCCGGACGAGAUUCACCACUUGAACAUCGUUACGCGCAGCUUCGAAAGCGCGCGAAACUGCAUAGUUCGGCUGUACAACCCACAGCCUGACGACCCUGACUACGUGAAUCAUAUAGGGGAGAAGUACAACAGCAAGACGAAGAAGAACAUCCUCACGCCGAUGCACACUGAGUAUGAAAGGCUAUUGAAAGAAUAUGUUCGUGCAUCUAACGUCAUCUUCUGCACCACACCGUCGGACAGACCAUUGUUUCCCGCCACUCACCUCACGAACCCCGAAGGUCGCAAGAAGGGUAGAUACAUCGCUUGCAUAGGCAGCUACAAGCCUCACAUGAUUGAGCUGCAUCCGGAUAUUCUGCGCUACGCAGUCGCGCCACACCAUGAACACAAACACGUUCAUAAGCGGCAACGAGAGGGUGGCGCCGUUAUUGUUGACACAGUAUCCGGGUGCUUAAAAGAAGCCGGCGAAGUGAUUCAAGCGAAGCUGCUGCCAGACCAAGUUGUGGAGCUAGGAGAGCUGUUCAUGCUGAAGCGGGAGGCAGAUCGAAGACGGGCGCUGAAAGGAGAGAAGCCUGUGUCGGGCGCGGAAGGCUGCCAGUUCAAGGACGAUGGCGAGAGCGCGGGUUUGAUGGAGUGGUUGACGAGGGGAAACGUGAUUUACAAGAGUGUUGGGAUUGGGUUAAUGGAUGUGGUGGUCGGUAACGAGCUGGUGAGGAUGGCAAGGGAGAGGGGCAUUGGGGUCACUAUUGAGCAAUUCUAA